GUCUUUGCACCUCCUCUUCCCUUUCUGAACUGGGUUUGCAGGGGAGAGUAACGUACACUAGGAAGCAGGAAGACCAAAGCUCAUUUCAGAGAAAGCACAGCUGAUCUCAGAGUCUCUCUCUCUGUGUGAGUUCAGGAAAAUGGCCGAGGCCAGUAUUUCAGUAGAUCAGGAUCAGUUCAGCUGUCCAGUGUGUCUGGAUCUCCUGAAGGAUCCGGUGGCGAUCCCCUGUGGUCACAGUUUCUGUAAGGUGUGUAUUAAUGACUGCUGGGAUCAGGAGGAUCAGAAGGGCGUCUACAGCUGUCCUCAGUGCAGAGACACUUUCACUCCGAGGCCUGUUCUACGCAGAAACAACAUGCUGGCUGAAGUGGUGGAGAAACUGAAGACUGAACCUCAUCCUGAACAACCUGUUGGCUUACCCUCAGAACCACAGAGCAGAGAAGAGUUUCUGAAAUAUUUCUGUGCUCUGACUCUGGAUCCCAACACGGCCCAUCGUUACCUCGUUCUGUCUGAGAAGAACAGAGUGGUGACGUAUACAGAGAGAAAGAAAUAUUACCCUGAUCAUCCAGAGAGGUUUGAUAACUGGUAUCAGGUGUUGUGUAAGGAGAGUGUGUGUGGACGCUGUUACUGGGAGGUGGAGUGGGAAAGUGAUCGAGGUGUGGCCAUAUCAGUGUCGUAUAAGGGAAUCGGCAGGAAAGGAAGGGGUAACAAGUCUGCCUUUGCACUUAACGAUCAGUCCUGGAGUCUGGAGUACUACUGUUCUUCUCUUACGUUCUUUCACAACAACAUUAAGACUGAUCUCGGAGUUCCACCGUCCUCCAGAAUAGGAGUGUAUGUGGAUCACAGUGCAGGAACUCUGUCCUUCUACAGCGUCUCUGACACGAUGAAGCUCCUCCACAGAGUCCACACCACUUUCACUCAGCCUCUAUACGCCGGGUUCGGGUUCUACCUCGGUGGUGGUCGUGCGUCAGGACCAACUAUGAGGCUGUGUGACCCAGUGUGAUGUUUUAUGGUCGGUGAUGAAUUGAUUCACAUUCCUGUACUGAGUCUUAACGGUGACACAACUAACAUUAAAUCGUUAAAAGACUGGUUUCAGA